CAUUGCACAUUCUGCAACGGAGCUAAGCUUAGCUAGAGCUAAGAGAGAUUUGCGCGAUGGGGAGUGGGAAGAAGAGGGCGGCGCUUGCGUCCCUGUUCGGGUUCAAGAACAAGCGACAGGAGGAGGAAGAGGCCACGGCGGCGAGGCGGCAGCAGCAGCAUGCGGCGGCGGCGCCGCAGCAGAGGUACCAGUAUCACAGGGUGAGGCCGAGCGACGACGACGACUACGCCCGGCACUGGUACGCCGAACGCGACAUCGACCGGAAGGCCUCCGAGUUCAUCGACAAGGUCCACCGCCGGAUGCUCGCCAACGAGCAAGACGGAUAGCCACCGGCCGGGCCGCCGGUAUAGUAUAUAUGGAGUAUAUACGUACGUACCAGCAUGCCAAUGGAUCUAGCUAGAUCGUGCAUGCAGGCUAUGCAGCACUUGCGUGCAAGGUUGUGUGUGUGGGUGUGGGUGUGCGUGUGUCUGUGAUUAGUUGCUUUGCUUUGAUGGGUAUGUCGCCGGAUGUAUAUGUGACUAUGGUGUGGGUUGCCGCGUUCGUCCAUUGUUUCGGUAGGAUGAUACGUGUUUUCUUAAAU